GAAAACAAACUGCAGACACUACGAUACUUCCUCACCCUGCAUCAGUUAACUUUCCCCGCGGCUCCUCGUCAGCUGGGCCGUGCGUAAUUCUCCAACAACCGAGUAGCGCCUCUUGUUCGCUCUUCUCCCCAACUGGAGGGUUUCGGGUGCGCUGGUUGUUGCGCACAGCGCCACCAGGAGCGACUGGCAACAUCCCCGAGCCGGGCACCUCUACUUUGAUUUGAACAAAUGGGGGGAGCAGACUGCACCAGGGAGAGCCUCACGCCGACAGCACUUUGAACCAGGAGAGCCUUCAGGAACCUCCAGUCAUGUACUAGUGGCACACGGCGGUUGGAGAUAAGAAGACGCAGCAGACUGACUCCAACAUGAGCGGCGGUGAAAUUAUCUUCCAAGGCUGGCUCAGGAAGUCACCCCCGGAGAAGAAACUGAGAAGAUAUGCAUGGAAGAAACGCUGGUUCAUACUUCGUAGCGGCCGUAUGAGCGGUGACCCCGAUGUCCUGGAGUACUACAAGAACGACCACUCCAAGAAGCCCAUCCGGGUCAUCGACCUGCACUGCUGCGAGCAGGUGGACGCCGGCCUCACCUUCAAGAGGAAGGAGUUCCAGGACAGCUUCGUGUUCGACAUCAAGACCUCCGACCGCACGUUCUAUCUUGUAGCUGAGACUGAGGAGGAGAUGAACAAGUGGGUCCGCUCCAUCUGCCAGCUGUGUGGGUUCAACCAGUCAGACGACAACCACGAUGGCAGGUUACACAAUAUGCCCCGUUCUGUUGGAGCAGAUGUCAAUGGCUCAAUGGCUCCGCUGACCGGCGAACGCAAGUCCUCUGCCCCCAUCCACUCCAGCCAGCCUGUCCUCUUCACCUUUGAUGUGCCUGUGCGCCACACACACCAUGGCUCCCUGUCCAACAGUGCACCCCAGGACUACCUCCUCCUCCACCAGUGCAUGAGCAGGAAGACAGAGAGUGCACGGAGUGCCAGUUUCUCCCAGGCCACACGAAGCAAUCUGUUUGUGGGGAGCGACUCUGCGGUACAGAAACUCUCCCAUGGCUUUUCCCACUGUCUGAAUGGCAUGGGUGCUCAGUUGCACGGCUUCUACAGCCUGCCCAAGCCAGGAAAACACCAGUUACCGGGGCAUGAUGACUCCUCCCAGGAGGCCUGUUACAUGCUUCCCCGGGGUUACAGCGCUGAGGCACCGGCUCACAGCGGGCUCGGGGAGCCGGAGCUGGAGAAUGAGGAGAUUUACACCUUCAAAACGCCAUGCAAUGCGCUUGCCACCAUGCACAGCAACGAACGUCCAACUGACAAUUACGACCUUCCUACGCCGCCUGGCUCUUUCUACCAGAUCCCCCGGACGUUUGAUAAGAAUCACAAUGCCUUGACACCCUCCAGCUCCGAGUCGUCCUGUGCUCCUCCUCCCAGGCCCCCUAAACCCAGCCAGGGGUCCGAGGGGCAGUGGGGCAGUCCCCAUUCAGUAGGGAGCCAGAAUGGAGAGAUGACGCCUGUAGUGUCGGUUAUUCCACGCAGGAACACUCUCCCUGCUGUCGAGAACAUCAGGCUGCACAGAGGCUCCUCGUUUGAAACAAACAGCCAUCAGCGACCCAUCCACUUCAACAACUCAGGCCAGUCUGUGGAGUCUGUCAAUGAUGGGUUCAGCUCUUACCUGAGAACCAAAGCGCCUCUGACUCGCUCAGACAGCGGCAACUCAGAUGACAACUAUGUUCCCAUGAAUCCUGGCUCCUCGCCGUGCAGCGCUGCCCAGGCUGACAGUCCUAAGAAUAUCUACAUCCCUAUGAGCCCUGGGCCGCAUCACUUUGAUUUCCCGGGAUUCUCUGCAACAUUACCUGCCCGAAAGGGGAGCAGCGCCUCCCUGUGUCACCGGCCCAGCCGCCUCAGUGAUGUCACACCGCCACCCAUCAACCGCAACCUCAAACCUAACAGGAAAUCGAGGCCAACACCUCUUGAUUUGAAGAACAGUGGGAUCAUUGAUGAGCUGCCAUUUAAGAGCCCAGUCACCAUGUCCUGGACACGGCCCAUGCCUGCAAUGAACUCAAUGUCCUCCCAGCAUUGUCGCCCUAUCUCUACACAAAGCAUCACCAGCACCGACUCUGCAGACAGCGAGGAGAAUUAUGUGGCCAUGAACCCAGCGUCUACCUCACCAGCUGUGAGCGGUACCAGCAGCCCGGCCCCUAGGAAGUGCGGCAACGUGGACUACCUAGCGCUGGACUUCCAGCCUGGGUCACCCAGCCCACACAGAAAACCCUCUACAUCCUCUGUGACGUCUGAUGAGAAGGUGGACUACGUGCAAGUGGACAAGGAGAAGACCCAGGCCCUGCAAAGCACCAUGCAAGAGUGGACCGAUGUGCGCCAGUCUACUGAACCUGCCAAGGGGGUCAAGUCCUGACACUGACCUGUACAGAACAAUGCCAGAAAACUGAACACAACCCCAACCUUAAGUCAAGCAUCUCUAGUAUCAUGCCUCUAUCAUUCCUAUGAAUACUGGUUGGGCUUGUUGAAAUAUUUGUACAUGUACCGAAAUAUUUGGACAAAAAGCCAUAACCUACAGUAUGCCUGACCUCUGUGAUGAUUUUUACUGCAAUGCACUGCUAACGUGCAAGAUAUCAGGCCAUACAGGUGAAGCACCCUGCCAAAGUUCUUCACGUAGACUGUGAUAACAGUCUAUGGACAAAUGAUAAUGUGUAUUAAAUAUCAUCCUUUCUCAUCAAUCCGUCCUUUAUAAAUGAAGUGUUUCAUCAAGCUGCCCCGCCCACCCUCUCUGCAUCCGUCAAAGCGGGUCAUUCACCCAAAUGCUGCCAUUUGAAGAGCAGCAGAAGCUUACUGGUGGUCGAUAACCAUAUUAAUAUACUGUAUGAGUAUGCUUGCUGGUCUCAGGAAUGCCAAGAUGCACUCCAAUUUUGGCAUGCAGGCACACUCUCUCCUUUCACUUCAAUCUAUCAUUUGUGCUGAGUCUUGCAGAAGCAGUGAAGAGAUUAUUUUCACUGCGGGCAAUCAUUUAAGCUUAGCAGUGCAUGUCUGGUAUAAGGAGGGGUGGGGGGUGUGAUACGGCCUUACAAAUACGUACAGGCCCGUGUCAGAAGCCCGAAUGCUAACUGUACUUGGCUGUUGCCUCGGUUUCAAUUAAUUAUGAGACCAAACCGGCUGGCUGGCUGGAUGGCAGGCCAAUUAUUUCAAUGCAGGUACAAAGUCAGUAAGGUCUUAAUGUACAGAAUACAGAGAGCAAGACAGCAGAGAAGAAGAAGCAUCUUGUUACUUUGUAGGUUUGAAUUUGGUGGUCAAUUCGAUUCAGGUAAUAAUCUAAUACAUUUCAUCGUAAAUGUGCACUGACUAAGAAAAUGAUUGAGUGGAAGGAAGUACAGAUAAAGCAGGAGAAGUGGUUUCCAAGAAGUUCAAAUAUCCUCUCUCUCUCUCUCUCUCUUUCUCUCUCUCUCUCUCUCUCUCUCUCUCUCUCUCUCUCUCUCUCUCGACCAUAGAUACAAGCUUAGAAGGAGAAUAGCUUGUUUAUGAUUCCUGGAAUCCAACCAUUCACCGAUGUCUGUCUUUGAGUUGGCACACACUACAGCUAUGUCUCUGAAGAGUAAUUGUCACCUGUAUGUAAAUUAUUAAUAGAAUGACAUAUUUGCAGCACAUCUUGUCGACUGUUUGAUGCACUUAGUAAUGUUACGUUGUGCUGUUCUUGCAAAGGCAACCUGCCACGAUGAAGCAAAUGGUCACUUAAGAAUAGUUUAGAAAAGAAUGUUUACUCAAUUUCCUAAACUCUCAUUUGUUUAAAUUGCCUUAUAUUUUCAUUUCAGUUUUGACUGUAAAUUUUGCCUUGGAGAAAUUGAAUUAUUCACAAUAUUAUUCAAGCGAGAGCCAUGUUGUAUUUAGGAGAACUGAAUGAUCAGUUUCAACUUAAGUCCAGUAUUUCAUUGUGGGCUGGAACCACUGGAGGGUCAAACCUAUUUGAUCUUUCUAUGAAUAGUGUGGCCAUGCAGUGCUAGGUGGUAUUAUUGAUUAUUUCAUUAAGAUUUACUUAAUGUUUUUCUACCAUUUUUACUGUUUUUACAUUCUUUUUAUCAUUAUUUUUUACUGAUACAUGUAAGCGAGUGAUAAGCAUAAGGAUGGGGUCAGGAUAAAUGAAGAUAUGUUUUUUUUAUGUUUUUUAUUCCCAAAUUGACAUUUAUAAUCUAUACAUGAAACGGGGAGACAGACAAUUAGAGUCGUACCGGCCAAGCCCUUCCCGCGGUGAACUGUGAUUCACGACGAGCGACGGAAGAAAAGACUGAGAAGCCUGUCUCCCUGUCAGCCUCUGAAGUGAAAUGGAUGUGUAAUUUAUUAUCUAGAGAUGCGCGUUGUAAGCAGAAGAGCUGUGUAUGUGUUGUGGUAGAUUGUGACUUGUAGCGUGUUAAAUGACAGCCUGACUGAGCCAGAUUGAAAACCCUGCUCAGAUCUCCUGUCAGACUGUCACUGGGUUGACGUACUGUACUAGUAGAGAUCUUUUUUUUAACCACUGUUUAUUGCUACUACUGUGAUGCAUUUGCAGAUUGCUUGUGUGUUAAUUUAUUAAUUUAUUAUGCAUUUUGCAGUUGAUAAUUGUAAAAAUGAAACACCAACCAAACAAGGAAUGCUUCUCUCUACUAACAUCCAUGUAUGCAAACUGUCUUGAUUUUGUGAAGCAAUAUGACAAACGAUGCCAGUGUGAUGGUACAGUGGUACAGUUCAUCUGGGACACUCGAGGAUGCAAGACUUUGUUAUUCCUGUAUUAUGGUAGAUUUAAGCUGUGGACAUAGAAUAAAUCAAGACGUGAAA